CCAGUAGGUUCCUCCCGUGUAGUAUAUGCACUGCAUCUAACUAUAAAGAGAAAGAUUAAGAAGCGAAACUGGAAACUUGUUGCUGAAGCAGAUGCUAAUCGUCCGGAAGAGUGAAAUUUACUACAGAUCAUGAUCAUCAGAAGUAAUAUCAUGAAAAAAUCAAUUUCUGGAGGUAUGAGCUUCCUUCGAGCCACAGGUUGCAGCAUUUUACCGGUUUCUCUAUCACGAACGAGAACGAGUUGUCUGCGAGCAGGUGGAAGAUCGAUUUGCCUUAUGUUCGUUGUUGUAGAAUGAAAAUACUCCGCAAAUCAAAAGUGCUGCACAUCCUCUGUCCGCGAUGUAUUCCUCGUGUACUAGAGGUUCUACAAAAUAGAUAUAAUAUUCAACAGAACAAGAAUUUCCUCAUCCUCGAGCGAGCGUCUACUUCUAAUCAUAAGCUCUCAAGGCCUCUCCGUUACGAGGGCUCUUGAGAACGUCUACUUCUAAUCAUAACCUCUCAAGGCCUCUCCGUCACGAGGCCUCGACUCCUGAGGGUAUCUUAGCAAACUUGCCCACCUUACGGAGACCACGAGUGGCGAUAAUAGGGAAGACAUGGAGCAAUUGCGUUGUAGCAGAGUUUUUACUGUCAACCAGACGAGUGGACGUGACGGUUUUUGGAACAAAAAAAAGUGAACACAAUACAGAAGCAGGAAUAAGAGCUGGGAACGCAGAUGUAAUCCGGAGCGUCGAUCCCAAGCAAGUUAAGAGUAAGCGAUUUGGAUACUUGCUGCGCGAUUGGCGAGAGCAGAUGAUAAAGAAUAGCAGCGGACGAGAUCAUGGUGUCGACAAUAAUACGAUAGAUGUCUCUGUACUUUUAGAGGUAAAUAAUGGGAAGAUGAAGCCGCGGGAAGAACAAGUGGGACAAGGAGAAGAAGACCCAUCUGCUGCUUCUGGAGAAGAUAACUUAGACGAGAAUCAGCAUGGUCUCGAUUGGGAGAAAAAUGGCUUUGCGUCUGCCAUCACACAAAACCCCAACCAUCGAUUCGAAGUCUCGUCAUCGUCAUCUGCAUCGGCUGCUUCUUUCGACUGGAUAGUAGUCGAUCGCUGCGCUGUUGAGGAUAUCCUCAGUACGAAUACCUUGUUUGGAACAGAUAACUCAGUAAUCACAGACCGGAUAAAAGAAGCAGUGGCGGAAGAAAUGAAGAGUCAAAGUCGAUUACAUGACGAGGUUAUGGAGAAUGCAGCUGGGAGCUCCACUUCAUCAACAACGCCCACUACCAACAAACCUGGACGACAAGAGAUUCCCCUAGCCUUGGCUCAGAAGAUUGAAGCAAUGCGAAAGUUGAAACGUCGUGAUCCAGACGCGCUACUAGCUUUUCGAAGAGACAAUGCUGGCGGGUUCUCAGUGCAGGCGCACAAUGGAGGAGGAGGAGGGUUGGCGAUAUUGAAUCUGACAGCUAGUACUACAAGUACAAAUGAGGAGUCAGGACUUCAUCUUCUAGGACGGUCUACUUUUUCUCAAGAACAGUCCUCAUUAUUAUCUACUCCAAGUCCAAGGUGGCCAAAAUCUUCAACAUCCCUUACCGAAACUCAGACCAUACAGGCUCAAAAUUGCGCGGGUCGCAUAUUUCUUGAGGUAGACGCUUUCGUACGGGCACAGGCGAAACUAGAAGUAAAAAAGCAAGACGAGGAAAUACUACAGAAGAGACGUGAACAAGAGCAUGGACCUGGAACUGGCGGUGCAUACAAUGCGCAUACUUGUUAAUCAUGUUCAACAUUGAACACCCUUAUGCUUAUUAGGAGUCUGGACCUUAUCCCAAUACCUGAGAAUGAGUAUUGUAGGUGUGCUUUUUGUUGCAUUCCAAGGCUUAUUUACG